GUCAUUUUUUGAGUUUUCCGUCAUUCAGUAUAAAACUAUUAAACAGGCAACAUCUAAUAAACAACGAGAUGAGAAAGGUAAAGACUAAGGACUCUCUAAAAUACAAAUUCUUGCCGGUCGCAAAUGGCUUAUUAAGGUUUUUGGUUCGAGCAACCAAUGAUGCCCAACUAAUAUUGACAAAGCAGAAUGAUGAAGGCGAUCCCAAGUAUAGGAUGGUCAUUGGUGGAAUCCUCAAUACAAGGUCUUUCAUAUAUCACAACCAACAGGAAUCCCCAGUUUACAGUGUUUCCACACCGAGCAUUUUAAAUGGCAACGAGUAUCGUGAAUUCUGGAUUAUUUGGACCCAAUUUUUCAUUGCCAUUGGUCAAAAGGGUAGUUGCUAUCCUUUUAUGUCCUUUAGGGAUACAAAUCUCUUUGAGGUUAACUAUAUAGGCAUACGCACUUGUAAUGGGGCAAACGGAAUUUGGAAAUUCGAAGAAAAUCCCGGCACCAUAUGUUCUCUGGGCUUUGCAAGUGAUUUGCGAUUAAAUUCAGAAUCAAAUUUCGUGUGCAAUGCACCGCGUGGCCUUCAAGUCUAUGAAACUGAUGGAUUGGUUACAGUUUCCACCGACUCAGGACGUUAUAAAUUUUAUCCUAUUUCCGAUGGGAUAUUCUCAUUUAAAAUUCGUUCAACUCAUGAUGUUCGAUUGGCACUCACCCCCGAGCCAAAGAUAAAUUAUCACAUGUAUGAAAUUUUUAUUGAAGCAUACGCUAAUAACAGAUCAACAAUUCGUCAAAAUAAUGAUGAUGUUGUGAUUGCUUUUACCCGUGGUAUUUUGAGUGAAGAAGAAUUCCAUGAAUUUUGGAUUCGCUGGGAUGAUAGCACCAUUGCUGUGGGAUGUGGCGGGGAAAGUCCAGCUUUUAUGAUUUAUGCUGACCAAAAUCUAUUUCCCAUCAAAUUUGUUGGCUUAAGAUCGGAAAACGAGGCGGAAUGGAGAAUUCCUGCUAAUCCUUUUGCUAGUGGAACGGAUAUUCCCAUGGAUGAUAUAUCGCAACUUAAUUUGGCAGCUGGUUCAGAAGGAUCUUCAAACAUUCAAGCUGCUGCUGCAGCAACAUCUAUGCCGGAUCCAACUGGUUCUGAAUAUUCAUCAGGUAAUCAAGCAAUCGUUUCUGUUGCCAACCCUGUUGCCCCGGGACAAAGCGGCUCUGCAGAAUCUUCAUCUUUGCUUUGUUCUGCUGGCUCCCAACAUGCCGCAUCUCCAAAUGCUUCCACUUCUGCCAACAGCAACGAUCCUGCUGCUGAAAGACCAGGUACCUCGACUACCGUAUCUGCAGCUGCAAAAUCGAUUGAAAUAAAUCCUUCGGGAUCUUCAAACAUUCAAGCUUCUGCUGCAGCAACAUCUAUGCCGGAUCCAGCUGGUUCUGAAUAUUCAUCAGGUAAUCAAGCAAUCGUUUCUGUUGCCAACCCUGUUGCCCCGGGACAAAGCGGCUCUGCAGAAUCUUCGUCUUUGCCUUGUUCUGCUGGCUCCCAAAAUGCCGCAUCUCCAAAUGCUUCCACUUCUGGCAAUAUCAACAAUUCUGCUGCUGAAAGACCACCACGACCACCACCGAAUGAUCCCAACCCACAAGUUGAACGAAAUAUUUGGGUUCCUGCAAGCCACGGAGAAGUGCCUCCCAAUGCUACUGUUGGCGGCUAUGAUAAUCGCGAAAGUCUAUAUAUUGCUCGUGCCCGCCAUAACAAUGAGCUUAUUCCGGGCAAAUUACAACCAUCACGUGGUUGCUGUUUAAUUUCGAGGUGUCUAUUGGAGCAUCGCCGCCGUCACUAUGAAGUGUUGUGCAACAGCGAUGGUCACUGGGAAACCUGGAGAGGUGUUGUCCCCCCAAAUGCUAUUCCAGGAGGUUAUGGGACAUUCGGUGAGACAUUGUACAUCGGCCGUGCAGCUCAUUUGGGUACUCUCACACCUGGAAAAAUUCUUAAUGGCGUAUGUUUUAUUCCAUUUUUUUUGUGCGAAGUUCCGUAUUUUGUUUUUGAGAUUUUUGUUUCUUAGAGCAUCAGAAAAAAAUUAUUGUAUUUCAUGCAUGAGCGCAUAGUAUCACAACAGUUUUAUCCAUAUUUAAAAAAGACAAGCCAUG